AAGGACCCCCAGGCGGUCAAACUUCCCAAGGCCGUAGAGAGGGAGGGCGGAGGAGUCAAGGGGAAGAGGAAAGAGGAGGGCUUGAGGAGGCAGGAGAUUGAUAGGACCUGGGAGAGAGAUUUCCGCUCCUCCUACUAGUAACUGCUAGUAACCCCAAGGGUUUAAUCAUCUCAUUGUUUAUGAUGUGCUAUUUUGUUUUCUUUUGAUAACCCUUGGAUGUGAAUGAGUAAUACCUUCAAAUAACAGUUUAAAUGAAGAUCAAAUAAGUUGACCUUGAUUGAUUUUUAGUGCAGACUCCGAACUGCCGCAGCAUCUGGCCACGUUUUGAACCAAAAUAUGUGCAACAAGGUUAUGUGUUAAUUUGUGUUGCAUUUACAAAUCCAACAUGCUGUGGGUUAUAAUCCUCGGAGAUUAACCAUGACUUGUUAUUACAACAGUAAACUUGUUUAAUAUGAAAGCCACUGUUUUAUACUGGAGACUUAGGUUUACUCAAAGACGGAUGCGUGACUUACCCAGGACUAUGUUAUCUUCAUGAUUGCAGUAUUAGGUACAAAGGUAUUGUUUUUUUCAAUGUAAUCGAAAAGUUGAUUACUUUUUCAUUGCACUAUACAACACCCUGUCCAUGGCAGAGAGAAGGCGAAAGCUCGUUUUUGUUUUAUGACAUUGUGAAUAGGGCAGAAGAGAUGUAUGAGGCAAACUAGGCAUGUGUCCAACAUCUCUAGGUUUGCAAUUUCAAAUGUUCAUGGUCAUUUUUUUACUUUCUUGUAGGCAUCCAGGAACGUUUUUUGUAUUUAAAAAAUAAUGUGCACUGGAUAUUCAUGAAUAUUCAUUAAUUCGGGUCCUCUCUGGAUUUUACUGCUACUAGUUUUACCCAUGGAGGGUUUCUUUGACCUUGUUAAAGGAAUCCAAUAAGGGUGUGUGUAGUAUACGAUUGCAUGUAUACUCCUGAAAUGAUAAAUAAAAAAUACAAUAAUUCACAACAAUCAAAAUAACUUAGUUGUACAAAUACAAUGAUUUGGAUUUACAAAACGAAUUAACAAUGCAAUUUUGAAAAUCGUUAGGAAUUAAAAGUACAAUUUGCUAUUAUUUUUUACCGUGAUCUUAUUAGGUAUCACAGUGGAUCUGUUCAUACCUAUUGUUCUUGUAGGGUUUGGGUAUUAUUAUUCCGGAUUGGUCGCGUCUAUCUCAGGGGUGAACAUAAGAAGGUCUCUAAAACGUUUGGUAGGCUACAGAAAUUCCCGUAGGGGGCGCUACCAUUCCUAGUCAAAUAACUAAAACUUACAAUGCCUUAUUUUGCAGGCAGACGAUUAUUGAAUUCAAAAUCGAAGCACCUUGAAUAGGUAUUGAUUGUGUAAAAAAUGGCAGAUUUAUACGCAAAUCUAAAAAUUAACACGUGUGUGACCAUUUGUGUCUAUAGCGCAGCAUGGAAUAAAAAAAAAUGUUGUUGAAGGACAAAGACAGAGGUAUAAUUGCGACUAGGAGUAAUGACUGCGCCCGUGAUUUGUUUGAAAAGGGCGGCCGCUGGGAUGGGCGGUGCGUGGGCUGUGAAUACAUUGCGUGACAGUCCGUGCAUUCCUAGAUAAAUUUGUUAUUUCUGAUGCAAUAAAUGAAACACUACACAUGCCACACUGCUUUUCAAUUAAUGUUCGCAAUCAAGUGAAUUGAAAUUGGCAUAAAUUACCUACUGUCAAAAUAUAAUUAUUAUAAUUUUUUAUAUGACAUAUCUCUCGUGCAAUAUGCAUAGUCCUUUCUAGUCAACUAUUAACCUGAGCCAUAGACCAUUUCGUCAUCUGUCAACUCUCGCACACUCUGUGUCAACUGCGGAGCACGCACCAAGCGUCCGAUUCCCAGAGUGGACUACUUAAGGCUUGUACCCACAGAGUGAAGAGACAAACAGAGGAAGGGAGGAAGAAGAAAGGAAGAAAAUGGGCUAUCUACCCUAUCUGUCUACGGAGACGUGGACCCUGUUGGUAGCCGUAAUCACACUGAUCGUUGUGUAUGCCUACUGGCCUUAUGGCGUCUUUAAAAGGAUUGGUGUCCCUGGUCCCAAACCAAUUCCAUUCUUCGGAACCAUGCUAGCAUACAAACGAGGCUUUACCACAUUUGACAUGGAGUGCUUCAAUAAGUAUGGAAAGACAUGGGGCAUCUACGACGGUAGACAGCCGGUGCUGUGCACCACAGAUGUCUCCCUCAUCAAGACGGUUCUCAUCAAGGAGUGCUACUCUCUGUUUACUAACCGCAGGAACUUCCGUGUGAACGGGCCUCUCUACGACGCCGUGUCGAUCGCAGAGGACGACCAGUGGAGGAGGAUCCGGAGUGUCCUCUCUCCCUCCUUCACCUCUGGGAGACUGAAGGAGAUGUUCAUCCUCAUGAAGCAACACUCGGCAAACCUGGUCAGGAGCAUUACAAAAAGGGUGGACAACAAUGAAGAUGUGUUAGAGCUGAAGGAAUUCUUUGGACCCUACAGUAUGGAUGUAGUGACCAGCACAUCCUUAAGCGUGGACAUAGACUCACUCAACAACCCUUCAGACCCCUUUGUCACCCACAUCAAAAAGAUGCUGAAGUUUGACCUUUUCCAACCAAUCUUCCUUCUUAUUGCUUUCUUCCCCUUCUUGGGGCCCAUCUUUGAGAAGCUGGAGUUCUCCUUUAUCCCCACAUAUGUCACUGACUUCUUCUAUGCCUCACUGAAGAAGAUCAAAGCCAACCGCGAGGCUAGUCAAAACAAGAGUGGUCGAGUGGAUUUCCUCCAGCUCAUGAUAGACUCACAGAGGAAAGAUGAAGAAUCUAAUGGACAGGAGCCCAUGAAAGGUCUGACAGACCAUGAGGUGCUCUCCCAGGCCAUGAUAUUUAUCUUUGCUGGCUAUGAGACCACUAGCAGUUCUCUGGGUUUCUUGGCGUACAACCUUGCCUUGAACCCGGAGGUUAUGACCAAGCUGCAGCAGGAGAUAGACUCCACCUUCCCUAACAAGGGUGCGGUGGAGUACCAGGCUCUAAACCAAAUGGAAUACCUUGACAGCGUUAUCAACGAGUCUCUCAGACUUUACCCCAUUGCCUUGCGUCUCGAGCGUGUUGCCAAGGCAACCGUAGAGAUCAACGGUUUGGUCAUUCCUAAAGGAACUGUUUUCAUGGUACCCUUGUGGGUCAUGCACCGGGACCCUGACUUGUGGCCGAAUCCUGAGGAGUUCAAACCAGAAAGGUUCAGCAAGGAGAACAAGGAUACGAUUGACCCGUAUACAUACAUGCCCUUCGGGGCCGGCCCCAGGAACUGUAUCGGCAUGCGUUUUGCUCUGGUGAUGAUGAAACUAGCCAUGGUGGAGAUCCUGCAGAAGUUCAGCUUCGCUGUGUGCGACCAAACAGAGAUCCCCCUUGAAUUGGACGUCAUGGGCCUGCUGGCGCCCAAACGGCCGCUUCGAAUUCAGCUCGUGCCCCGUUCUGACCACUGAGCCAGUGACAACCUACCAGCCACUGACAAAUGAGGCAUACCUGCACUUUUCUUGUGUCUAUGUUUUUUAUAACAAACCAUCCAUCUAAUUUUGAAUGCACUUACGAAAACACACAAAAUGGAUACAUGAACGCUGUAUUUGAAUCAUGUUUAGAGACAUUCUGUCUCUAAACCUGUUGAGGUUACCCUUAUUCUCUAUCAAUAUUAACUACAACUAUAAACAAAACAAAUACAUCAUAUACGUAUAAAUAUGUAUAGAUAUUUAAUUUUUUAAAAAGGCAAUCAAAAAUAAAUCCAACACACAAUCCCACAAAACCCAGACCAAGAAUAAAUCAGAAUAAUUGUUGAUAUUAUUUUCAUAUAAACUUUGGGAAGUAUGUGGUCAUAUCAUAUGUAGUCAGUGUAACACAUAGUCAUACAAUUCAAUGUUUGAAUUCAAAAUCACACAUUCCCAGGCCUAUAUAAUCGGGGAGAAAAGCUAAGAAAUUGUAUGAUUGAUAGCCCUAUCAUUCCGGUUCGUUCUAUCCAUGCCCGAUCUCUAUUUUAAACUUAAAAUGUAUCUCAAUAAAAAUACAAUGUUCAAUGAUAA